GGACGGGAAGAGGAAAGGAGGGAGGGGAAGGAGGAGGAGUACAAAGAUCCGGAGGAGAUGGAAAGAAAAGUUUGAAAGAAGAAGAGAGAGGUUCCAGCGGCCGGUCGGAGCAGAGGGGGAAUACGCGGCUCUGCGAAGAGGAACGUGACUCUGUGCGCGCGGGGAUUUGCACUGCUGCCGGGGGAGCCGCUGGGCGGAUUCGACGCGCGUGACUCCAAGAUGAGGAGCGACCCUGUCGUGUUCACUUCCAGCCGGGCGAUGGAGGAGCUGGUGUGUGAGCUUCGUCUGUUCCUGGACCUGCUGGACAGGGAGUACCUGAGCGCCGGGGUCCGAGAGAAGAAGAUGCACCUCUCCAAAAUCCUCCACAGAGUCCUCUCGGACAAAGAGCCUUCAUUCAAGUCAGAGAUCCACAGUGGUCUGCCAGCCCCACCUCAGAUGCCCCUCCCUGCGAUCCCUCAUCCCUGGCUGUCUUCAAGCAACGGCCCGCCUCCCCUGCCCAGCUCCUCUCUGCCUGAAGGCUACUACGAGGAAGCGGUUCCUUUAAGCCCUGGAAAAGCUCCUGAGUACAUCACCUCCAACUAUGACUCGGACGCCAUGAGCAGCUCCUACGAGUCGUACGAUGAGGAAGAGGAGGAUGGGAAGGGCCAGAAGAUGCGUCAUCAGUGGCCGUCUGAGGAGGCGUCAAUGGAUCUGGUGAAGGACUCCCGCAUCUGUGCGUUCCUGCUGCGCAAGAAACGCUUUGGCCAAUGGACCAAGCUUCUCUGUGUCAUCAAAGAUAACAAACUGCUGUGUUACAAGUCCUCCAAAGACCACACCCCUCAGAUGGAGCUGAGCCUGUCUGGGUGCAGCAUCACUCACAUCCCCAAGGACGGCAAGAAGAAGAAGCAUGAGCUGAAGAUCGUCCACCAGGGGGCAGACGCCCUGGUGCUGGCUGUGCAGAGCAAAGAACAGGCCGAGGAAUGGCUCAAGGUGAUGCGAGAGGUCUGUGUUAAUGGAAGUGUAGACUUAGAUGGAGCUGGAUCUGGAUCGCCUGUGCACAGACCUGAACUGGAAAAGAAGGCGUCCUGUGACAGGCCGAGCUCCGACGGAGAGGCGGCCCACGAGAACGGACACAGCGACUGCAAGGACCAAGGAAAAGGGAAGAAGAACUCUAAGUCGGAGCACAAGACAGGGACGGUGGGGAAGGGUGCAGGGAAGAAGAUCACCAAGAUCAUCGGCCUGGGGAAGAAGAAGCCAUCGACAGAUGAGCAGACCUCAUCGGCAGAGGAAGACGUACCCACAUGUGGCUACCUGAACGUGUUGUCCAACAACCGCUGGCGGGAGCGCUGGUGCCGCCUGAAAGACAACCAGCUGCUCCUCCACAAGGACCGGGACGACCUGAAGAGCCACAUCGCCUCUCUGCCGCUGCGUGGCUGCGAAGUCAGCCCUGGCCUGGACCACAAACACCCCUUCGCCUUCCGCCUGCUCCGCAACAGCCAAGAGGUGGCAGUGCUGGAGGCGUCCUCCUCUGAGGAGAUGGGUCGCUGGUUGGGGGUUUUAUUGGCCGAGACUGGUUCCACCACCGACCCAGCCACCCUGCACUAUGACUACAUCGAUGUGGAGACCACCGCCAACGUCAUCCAGCUGGCCAAGCAGUCCUUCUGUUUCACCAGUAAGCGUGCUGUCUCACCUAACCCGUACCUGGACAACCCAGUCAACGGCUACGCCUGUCCCACUGGAAUGGCUCUGCAUUAUGAUGAUGUCCCCAUUAACGGAAUGGACCCCGAGGCGCUGCACUCCAGUCCCAGCACAGGAGGGCGCCAGCUGAAAGGGGAGAUGCACUAUGAGAAUGCUGAACUCUACGAUAACAUGCCCUCACCCAAGCUGGCCUCUCGCUAUCCUCCCAAGCCUUCCUCCUCUCCUGCUUCCUCUACCUCCAAAUCUGCCGGUCACUACAAAACCCCUGUUUCUAAAGUCUCCUCUAAAUUCCUCCCUGCUGAUACUAAAACUAAAGCCACUGCUCAGUUUAAGGGAAAGAAGGGCGCAGCGACCAAUGGGGUGGCAUCAAAACAGAAGGCGGAGGCAAAGAACCAGUCCAAGAAGAAUGGAGUCAACGGGACCAAUGGGACGGCCUCUCUGAAACGCAACAACUCCAACGCGGAGCAGUGCAAGUACGGGAAGAACCGCGUGGAGGCAGACGCCAAGCGGCUGCAGGCCAAGGAAGACGAGCUGAUGAAGAAGAAGCAGGACAUCAGGAACCAUCUGACGCAGCUGAAGAAGGAGAGGAGAGACCUGCGCACAGCUGUGGAGGCUGCUGCUGGCAAACGAUCUCAUGGUUCCCUGUCGGAGCGGCUGAAGAAGGUGGAGGAGCAGUGCCGGCAGAAGGAGGAGGAGAGGGUGAACCUGGAGCUGGAGCAGACAGAGGUGAAGGAGAGCCUGAAAAAGGCGUUGAGCGGAGGGGUCACCCUGGGCCUCACCAUCGAACCGAAAGCUGGCUCCUCUGGCCUCCAGUCACCGGCCAUGUUGCGACGGACACAGGAGUCGUCUCCCUUCUCCAGCUGCGACACCAGUGACACAGAGUCCUGCUCCCUGCCGGUCAACAGCGCAUCGCUGCUCCGCCGGCAGACGGCCGGUCAGAAGGCCCCCACAGUUCGGGGACACGUCCUCAGGAAGGCCAAGGAAUGGGAGCAGAAGAACGGCACAUAAACCGCUUACCCUCUCACAUCACCCUUUCUUUCAUUCCUUUGGUUUUUUCUUUUUAAAAAUAUUGUCUAUAUAUUUAUUUAAAAUACAGUCCGUGAGUGCUGAGGAGGACACAGUCAUUCACAUGAACUAAAGGAGGGGCUGCUUUUAGUAUACUGUAAGUACCACAGCAUACAGACAUAGCAACCUUUUCCAACCCUUCUAUCGAGCAUGCUUAGUAAACUAAGUUGUGCUUUGUUGUCUGCUGCACUUUCUUUUUCAAGCAAACACCUUGUGUUUUUUUCUCCCAUUCAGAAUCUGUUCCAGCAGUUUGGCUUGAAAAAGGUCAAAAGUCAAAACCAAGUAUUUAUUUGUAAAUGUUUAAAGGAAAUACUAGCUUCCCUUUGUUUAUUUAUGUUGAUAUAUUUAAUUUUUUUUUUUUUUUUUGAAAUUGUGGCAAACAGAAGUCAUGUUUUAAGGGUCAGAAUAAUCGUAACACACACCAGCUGAGUAUAAAGGCACAGCUCUGGGCUAAAGGGGUAUUUCAAGAAGCAGAAUUAUCCAGAGCGUUAUUCAGUUAACAGUCCCCUUAUGAAACCACAUUCAAAUUCACUAGAUUGAUAUUUUAAUUGGAUCUGCACCAAAUUAUACUCAUAGAUAUCAGUUCCCUAGUUUUUUCAUCAAGAAAUAAAGGAUAUUUAUUGAAAAACACACAUAGUUAAAGAAAGCGGGGGAAAAAAGUUCCUGGACCUUCCACCAAGUUCAUUGCAAUUGCAAAUGACCACGCUGUUGAGCUCUAUAUCGAUAAAUCUGUGAAAGGCUGAUAACGGAUGAUUUUAUCAUCAAGAUGAAACCGUCGCCUCUAGUCAGAAGUAGCUCAGAAGACAUUUUAUCUGAUGCUAGAUGUAUGUUUUUCAGUUAAUAGCUUGAAACUUCCUCCAUCCCGUCUCAAACACAGUUUAACUCUCUGAACUGUGAUGCAGCCUCAACCGAUCAAUGAAAACAAGUUGCCUAUAAAGUAGUUAGCCGGUAGCUGCAGCUUUAGCAAACGACAGCUGUGAAUGUCAUUGUUAAAACAAAGCAAAUGUAAAUAGAUUGAUUAACGUCUCACUUCCAAUCACUAAAACAUGUGGUUUCCAUUCAUAAUCAGCCAGUGUAGCUUUAACUACACUGUCUUACAGUCGCCUUGAGUAAUUGUGCUUCUUCAAAUACUCCCUUAUUUUGACAAUUGGAUUCUAACUCUGUGUGUGUGUGUGUGCGUGCGUGUGUGUGUGUGUCGAAAGGUCAGGUCAGGUCAGGUCAGGAAUGGGCGUGGCCACCCUUAGAUUUGGCGCUCACCAUAGGAAACAAUUAGAAACCUCAACUGACAUGGCGAGUUGCUCCUCUGAGCUCCAGUCCAUCUCCUGUGAUCACACCACUGCUCUGCUGUGUGUGUGUGUGUGUGUGUGUGUGUGUGUGUGUGUGUGUGUGUGUGCGUGUGCGUGUGCGUGCAUGCAUGAGCUCAAAUGUCUCCAAGGCACAUUCCAAACCCAUUAACAAUACACUGACUGAAACAGGGAUACUUGCUGUAAACUCUCAAUUGUGUUCUACAGAAGACUGUGACUUCCUUAGACUCACACAACCUUGUAC